AUGCGCGAGCUGAACACUGUUGUGCAUUCCAGACAACAGGCUCUUGACUUCCUGCAAGGGGCGUGGACCAAUGCACAGAAAGCCGGCGAGUCGUACGUCGUCGAUGGCGCCACGAUCCGCAUCGACAAUGCGAAGGGGUCUCGGACCUUCCAGAACUGGCUCGUUUGGGAGGAGAGAUGGCACACUUUCAAAUGGGGCAAGUCGGGACGCUACUACCUCGACAAGUUCAGACCCCACGACAAGGAAGUGCAGUGGACGUUCUACGGCACAAGCGGCGGCAAGUCAUUCCGAUGGAGGCGCGACGAGAGCCCUACGAUGAGAAAUGAACAGAGCCAGGAGACCGCAUCUGCGGAGCCCACAGGGCCUGCAGAGAAUGGAGCGGAGGUCUUAGCCCUAGCGCCGCGUCCGAAGCCCCGGCCGAAAAGAAAGGCUGAGCAGCCAGCUGAGCAGACGGAGGAGGCCCAGGCUGAGCUGGCCGAGCUGGAGCCUCAAGAGGCCGCCGAGGAGGAGGCCGAGGAGGCGGACGAGGCGGCCGAAGGAGACGCUGACGUCAUCGACCUUGACGGCGAGGAGGCCACGGCCGCGGACGAUGUCGAAGCUCCCACUGCCGACCCGGAAGCUGCCGAAGCGGAAGUUACAGAGCCAGCGGCCGAAGAUGAAGAUCUCCUCGGGGCAGAUCCAGGUUGGGAGAAGGAACGGUUGAUUGCAAGAAAGCUUCUCGCCCAGGGAUUUCGACCCAAACCGGAAGAAGAGGCCUCAGCCACAUGUGUGACCUGUGCGCGGCGUGCGAGCGAGCUUCCCCUACCAGGACGUCACCAAUCAUUCGACGACAUCACCUUACCUGGGCUUCGAGGACCCAACUUCAUAAGCUUGAAUCUUUCCAAGGUGGUGGCAUAG